AUAGUGAUUAUGAAAACAAGAAAAAACCUUCAAAAUCUGUUUCAACAUCUGCUUCUAAACGAAGAAAACUAAACUCAACAGAAGAAAAAACUCCGCCGAAAGUAAAGAACUCAAAAUGUGUAAAAAAUACUUCAGUUGCUGAAAAGAAAAUGUCAAAAAAUAUGAAGAAAUCUGAAGAUAAAGUUACGUGUAUGUCGAAUGGAAAAGGAAAAGAGACUACACCUACGACAAGAAAUGCUGGUGAUAAAAGGAAGGUCUCCUGCCAAAAGAGGAAAGAAAAAACAGGUUUCUCCGGACAGUUCUGGAUCCGAGGAAGAAAUGCCUCUUGCAGUGAUUAGAAAGAAUUCCAAAGCUGAGUCAGACAGUUCUGAUUCAGACGAAGGGCUUUCUUUGGCAAACCUGAGGAAAAAAUCAGCGGAGCAGACUGGAUCUGACAACGAUUGUCAGCAAAGUGGAUCGGACAAUGAAAGUCACCAGCGUGGAUCUGACAAGGAAAGUCACCACAGUGGAUCUGACAACGAAAGUCACCACAGUGGAUCUGACAACGAAAGUCACCACACUGGAUCUGAUAAUGAAAGUCACCACAGUGGAUCUGACAACGAAAGUCACCACACUGGAUCUGACAAUGAAAGUCACCACAGUGGAUCUGAGGCUGAAAGCCACUGCAAUAGUUCUGAUGAAAAGUCUGAAUCCGAUGUAAAGGAAGAAUCACCUGUCAAAAGGAGGAAAUCCAAACAGACAGGAAAGUCAUUAGAGGUAGAUGAGACAUCUGAGGAGGACAAAUCUAGCAGUGAAUCAGAAGAGGAAGCAUCUCCUGUCAAAAGACGGAAACGUCAAAUCAAGAAACACAAAGGUGUGGACAGCGAAUCAGACUCUGGCAGUGAGGAAGAAACAAAACAGAAACAAUCUAAAAAUCAGAAGAAAACUCCAGUAAAGAGACUGGGGAAGAAUCAGAAACACAAAGAUUUGGACAGUGAUGGUGUAUCUGACUCUGAGAGUGAGGAAGAGGAAGUAAAACAGAAAAAACCUAAAAAUGAGAAGAAAACUCCAGUAAAGAGAGCGGGGAAGAACGUCUCAUCUAAAAAACACAAAGAUGUGGACAGUGAUUGUGAAUCUGACUCUGAGAGUGAGGAAGAGGAAGUAAAACAGAAAAAACCUAAAAAUGAGAAGAAAACUCCCGUAAAGAGAGCGGGGAAGAAUGUCUCAUCUAAAAAACAAAAAGAUGUGGACAGUGAUUGUGAAUCUGACUCUGUGAGUGAGGAAGAGGAAGUAAAACAGAAAAAACCUAAAAAUGAGAAGAAAACUCCCGUAAAGAGAGUGGGGAAGAAUGUCUCAUCUAAAAUUUGUGAUACAAUCUUUUAUAUCCAGAAACACAAAGAUGUGGACAGUGAUUGUGAAUCUGACUCUGAGAGUGAGGAAGAGGAAGUAAAACAGAAAAAACCUAAAAAUGAGGGGAAAACUCCAGUAAAGAGAGCGGGGAAGAAUGUCUCAUCUAAAAUUUGUGAUACAAUCUUUUAUAUCCAGAAACACAAAGAUGUGGACAGUGAUUGUGAAUCUGACUCUGAGAGUGAGGAAGAGGAAGUAAAACAGAAAAAACCUAAAAAUGAGAAGAAAACUCCCGUAAAGAGAGCGGGGAAGAAUGUCUCAUCUAAAAAACACAAAGAUGUGGACAGUGAUUGUGUAUCCGACUCUGAGAGUGAGGAAGAGGAAGUAAAACAGAAAAAACCUAAAAAUGAGAAGAAAACUCCCGUAAAGAGAGCAGGGAAGAAUGUCUCGUCUAAAAAACACAAAGAUGUGGACAGUGAUUGUGAAUCUGACUCUGAGAGUGAGGAAGAGGAAGUAAAACAGAAAAAACCUAAAAAUGAGGGGAAAACUCCAGUAAAGAGAGCGGGGAAGAAUGUCCCGUCUAAUGAUUCCAGCAGCGACUCGGAUUCUUCUGAUAAUGAACCUCUUAAACCAUCCAAGAUUGGCAAAGGUGGACGUAAAUCGGGAAGUUCUGAGAAACCCAAGGUAGGCAUCGAAGGUGGACAUAAAUCGGGAAGUUCUGAGAAACCCAAGAGCAAAUCGAGGUCAGGUGUCAGAAAGCGGGAGUCACACAUCACAAAGUUACGAAAGAUUUGUCGUGAGGCAUGCAUCUCCAUCCGCAGUAACCGAGAACUGGAGGGCUGUAAGACUGACGCUCAUAUUGUACGGCGGAUUAAACAGAUCCUAGAGAAACAUGGAAUGAAAGGAAAACCAAACAUGAAAAAGGCCAAGAAACUCCGUCUGAGGAAAGAGGCAGCAGAGCUGGACACCGAAAACAUCAUCACUCUGGGACAAGGUCGGCCUAAAAGGAGAAUAAACAGCCUUUUUUCACGAAACUCUCCCUCACCAAUAAAACAAUUCACUCCUCCAAGAGUAAAGUUUGGUCGCCUGAAAGACAUUAUUGAGAGUGAGGAGUCAGAUUAAUGUAUUUUUUAAUGUAGCUAUUUAUUAUAAACUUUUAUUUACACUUAGUCUAGCUCAGAUCUUUAAGGACUUAACCUGGAGAUAAAAGAUUAAUACUUGGUUGAGAUCCGGAGAUAAAAGAUGAUCUAACAGGGGUGUUCUCUGAACGCCAACAUUCUUUUUAACAAUUAGAAGGUGCUGUUUCAGGAAACAGUGAGAAGGCAAUUAUAUACUGUUUGAUGUAAGAUGUCCUUUUUUACCUGUACAGUCACCUGAGAUUUACCUGUGUUUCACACAGCAUACAUUAGAAUUGUAUUUUUCAUUUUUUUUUUUGCAUUUUUCAAUUACAUGCAUGCAUUCAACAAAAUGAGUAAUAUAGCAGUACAGAAUAUAGUAAAAAAAAAAAAUGAAGCAACAAAUA